UCCCUCCCUCCCUCCCUCCCUCUCUUUCCUUUUCCUGCUCUUCCCCUUCUCAUACUCACGCAUCCAGACAACUCCAUGAAACUUCCUCAACUAUCUACAAAAUUUAACUGUGUUUAGCAGCUACCCUCUUUUCAGGCACUUUCCUUCAGCUUGCUUCACCUACAGCUAAACGUAUUCCAAUUAUUAUGACCGUAUAGGUUUCCAGUUGCUCAGGAUUAUCCAUCUUGAAAUUCACUCACUUUUUUUCUCGGCUUUUUUCUCCCUCAAAUUCUUAGUAACAAGAGAGCUAUAUAUAUUUAUUCGAAUUCAGUGGGAUCACCACCGCAGACGAAUUCAAUUUUUCUAUUUAACGGGUUCAAUUGAUCGUUGCAUGUAUAGUUUCCAGUUUCAGCAGUCUCUAUAUAUAUACAAUCAGGUUUUGCACUUCAGAUCUCAGAUUUCUCUUCAGGCUGGUGUUGCAAAUGCCGAUCUGCCAUAGAUUUAUAUCUCACUGCUAGUUUGUAAAAAGAUGAUGAAAGCUUUGCUGGUGGAUGAGAAUAUGUCAAAUUUGACAUCUGCAUCUAGUGAAAUAAGCGCUUCUUCUGGGACCAGAAAUGAUACUCCUGUCUCUCUCUAUCCUCAGCAGUACUCCUCCACUUCAACAAAUCAAGAACCACAACCCAAAAAGAAGAGAAACCUUCCGGGAAAUCCAGACCCGGAGGCUGAAGUAAUAGCCUUAUCUCCCAAGUCCCUCUUGGCGACAAACCGAUUCAUUUGCGAAAUAUGCAACAAAGGGUUCCAAAGAGACCAAAAUCUUCAGCUUCACAGAAGAGGUCACAACCUGCCAUGGAAGCUCAAGCAAAGAAACAACAAAGAAGUCAUCAAAAAGAAGGUUUAUGUGUGCCCGGAGGUAACAUGUGUUCACCAUGACCCCUCAAGGGCCCUCGGAGACCUCACUGGCAUCAAGAAGCAUUUCUGCAGGAAGCACGGCGAGAAAAAAUGGAAGUGUGAAAAAUGCUCCAAGCGUUACGCUGUUCAGUCUGACUGGAAGGCUCACUCUAAAAUUUGUGGCACCAAGGAGUACAAAUGUGAUUGCGGAACCAUCUUCUCUAGAAGGGACAGUUUCAUCACACACAGAGCCUUCUGUGAUGCUUUAGCACAGGAGAGUGCAAGAACAAUUACGGCAGUGAACCCCCUUCUUCAUAGCCAUCCCCUCCAAGCUCCCCCACCACCACCAACAAUAUUAGCAAAAAAAGAACAAGAUUUUCCACCAUGGUUGGGAGAAGCUGCAAAUGGAGACACUUUCAGGCCAUUAGUCUCCCCCUCACAUCUAGAUCAUUCCUUCAAUUUAAUCCAUCACCAUCAUCAAAACCCUAACCCCGCACCGUCCCUUCCUCAUUUCCAAUCCCCAGCCCCUCCUUACAUGUCAGCCACUGCUUUGUUGCAGAAAGCAUCACAAAUAGGUCACAUGCCUCAAUCUGAUCGUCAAUGUACCACCAUGCCUAAUUCAUCCUCUUCUUCAGCCGUUUCUGGUUUGGGUAUGCCUUCACGUGACCAGAUGGGGUUGCCUCAUGCCUUGGCUUCUUAUGGGAAUAAAGCUGCAGGGUUCCCUUCUGAAUACUUAGAAGAUGGUGUUACUGCUGUAAAUUGCAACAAAGCAUCUCCACCUGCUACUUCUCUUUUCCAUGACAUGAUGGCGAAUACUGCUUCUUCUGCUACAGCCUUUGAGAGAUCUUCCUUCGAGGAUGCUUUGAGAGGAAUGUUGAAUCCAGCAAGAGACACUGCUAGCGAUGAAAUGACCCGAGAUUUUCUGGGUCUCAAGGCUUUUUCUCAAAAAGAUUUUUUCAACAUAUCGGGGCUUGACCAUUUGGGUUCUUCGUCGUAUGGUAAGCAAAGUCGCAACCAAACACCUUGGCAAGGUUAAUUAGGUUUGUUUGUACAUGAAAUCGAUGUACAAUAUAUAUCCAAUAAUGCCUUGUCUUGGUGGUAUUUAUACAUCUUCCAAAAGGUUUCAAUUCUGUCUUACAUGGACUCGUCAAAUUAAUUUUAAUUUCCUUGGCUAAGGCAUAUUCCUGUAGUUGAAUAUGGACACUGAAUAGUGCUGUAAAGGGACAACUAUUCGUCUCAGCCUUCAAGUUCUAAUUUUCGUAAUAUUAUUUUCAGCACAAGUUUUCAUUAA